CUCGACAAUGCUUCUAUCAGCGGCCAAAACGAGGAGAAAGAUCCUCUUCCGCAUGGCUAAGCUCGCCGCAGAAGCCAAGCGCUACGAUCACAUGCUCCGAUUCAUGAAAGAAAUCGUCGAAGCAACCGACCCAGACAAAGACCUCUCCCCAAAGGAACGCUGCCUCCUCGGCGCUGCAUUCAAGAACUUCCUCGGAGUACCCCGCCACUCGCAUCUCUCAACCGCUGCUAAAACAAGUUCCUGGCUUGAUAACUUCACCGGUCCCAUCGCCGCCUCCUAUCUACUCACAUCCAAGAUGGAGAUCUGCAGAGCCUGCGCAGAAAUUGUUCAGCUAAUCGAUUGCCGUUUAUUACCCACCACUGUUUCGAAUGAAUCGAAGGUCUUUUACCUAACCCUAAAGGGAGAUGUCAGCUGGUAUAUGGCAGAGGUUAAGGGAGCGUUGGACGGAAUGGGAGAUGAGGCAAUCGCUAAUUCUGCCUAUGCUGAAGCUUGGGGGAUGGUGACCAAUCUAGAUUCGAUGAAUCUGCAUCGGUUAGCAUUUGAGUUUAGUGUAGCGGACCAUUUUCUUAACUUUCGUAAUUCGCCUGUGGACGCCUUUGCAGUUGUAGACCGGGCACUGAACUUACAAGCGAUAAACUCACCAGAGAUAAGACCGGCCGUUUCGCUCUUAACUUUCGAAGGAGGCCUUCAAUUGACAGCGAAUCUCUUAAACUUAAGACAGAGGCUUAAGAAUGCGCUAGAGAUUAAGGCGCCGGAGUCGCCGGACCAUCAAAUUUGCAGGCCGGCAACGCUGCCGGCAAUCCCUUGACCAUCCGUUCUACAUCAGAAUCAUUGCCCAAAUGAUUUUCCCCCAUUCAUCAUGUGGGCUGUUUUUAGAAUCAUGGAAGUUGCCGAGAUCUGUGUAUUUUGACGUUCAUGACUUGAA